AUGGCUCCCGAAGCUGCUUCUGCAACUACCCCAGACUCGGGCACGGGCUCUUCUUCCAAGCCUGCUGGGACUUGGGAUAAUAUUGCGUUGCUCAACGAUCUUCUCGUCGCCUUUUAUCAGGUGGGCAAUCAGGCGGGCAACUUUAAUACGCAGACCAAUGAAGCGGUCGUCGCCUUUAUGACCGCCCAGGGCCAUGUAACCUCGUGGAGUGCCAUACGCACCAAGAAUGGCUUCUUCUCGCCAGUUGAUGAAGUGGACCCCCCAGGUUCACGAGGAUAUCCUCGUAUCCGUGUUCUACAACUUGACCCUAUCUACUGA